UGCCUAAUACAUACUGUACAGUAGUUUUUGCAGAUGCUCAACACAGAUGCAGUUUCUUGUUUCAUUGCUGUGGUGUGUGCACGGCGCCGCGCCCUGUCAGGCUGCUGGGUUCCGGUGAGCCUAACCCGGGCAGACAGUGGGCGAGAAAACUCAAUGCACUCUGGCCCGGCGCCAGUGCAUCGCAGGUCUGUGCAGUACCUGGAGCUGCCAUGGAACUCCUCCUUUUGCUGCUCUGCUCCUUCCUGGCAUCUGGCCUGGCACAUCCCUUAGAGCCCUUCAAUCAGAAAGUCUUCUGGGAUUUUGCACUGGACAGUGACUCCAUGAUGAAUGACGAGGAGGGCUCAGGCCCUGGAGAAGAGCAACCCCCUCCUCUGCCAGUCUGUCCAUUUGGAUGCCAGUGUCACCUUCGGGUCGUUCAGUGCUCUGACCUUGGAAUGACAGCUAUUCCAAAGGACAUUCCAAAAGAUACUGCUUUACUUGACCUCCAAAACAACAAGAUCACUGAGAUCAAAGAGAAUGACCUCAAAGGACUGCACAACCUCUAUGCUCUGGUCCUGAUCAACAAUAAGAUUUCCAAGGUCCACCCCAAGGCCUUUUCCACCCUGAAGCGCCUUCAGAAGCUCUACUUCUCCAAGAACCAGCUGACAGAGAUCCCCACCGGCCUGCCAUCUUCCCUGGUGGAGCUCCGCAUCCAUGAAAACCAGAUCAAGAAAAUCCCUUCGGGAGCAUUCAGUGGUUUGAACAUGAACUGCAUUGAAAUGGGACAGAACCCUCUGCAGAACGGUGGUUUUGAACCUGGAGCCUUCAAAGGACUGAAACUGAACUACCUUCGCAUCUCUGAGGCCAAACUGACUGGGGUGCCCAAAGAUCUGCCUGAAAACCUGCACGAGCUGUACCUUGAUCACAAUCAGAUCCAGGCCAUCGAACUGGAGGACCUCAACCGCUACAAAACCCUCUACAGGCUUGGUCUUGGAUACAAUCAUAUCCGCAUGAUUGAGAAUGGCAGUCUGGCCUACACCCCGAACCUCAGAGAACUUCAUUUGGACAACAACCGCCUGUCCCGUGUUCCUGCUGGUCUGCCAGACAUGAAAUACCUGCAGGUGGUCUACCUACAUGCCAAUAACAUCGACCGUGUGGACGUGAAUGACUUCUGCCCUGUGGGAUUUGGCAAGAAGAGAGCGUUCUACCAUGGCAUCAGUCUCUUCAGCAACCCCGUCAACUACUGGGAGGUCCAGCCUGCUGCCUUCCGCUGUGUCAACGGCCGACAGGCCAUACAAUUUGGCAACUACAAGAAAUAAAGAGAGGAAGAGGCAGAAGAGAAACCAGAUUGAUAAACAAUUGAUACCCCACAGACUUACCUUCAGACGCAACUUUUUUUUUUUAAAAAAAAAACCUAUUGAAUUUUCAGUUUUGUUUAACGGCCUGAUUAAAAAAACAAAUGACACAAAAACAAAUGAAGCGCAAACAUAAACGUAAUUAUAUUUGUGAUAUCCUGUCAAGUUUCUUUCAGUAUCAAUAACGAUGAGCAUAGUUUCUGGUAAAAAAAACUUUCAAGCAAAAUCUUGAUACAGUGGCGUUUUUGUUUUUAUUGAUAGCAUUAUUCUUAUUAUAUUAUUAUGGUUUUGGAGUUAUUUUAUUGAUAAGCAUAAAGAAAUCUAGUGUCUGAAAUAGAUUUUUUAAAGUUGUUGGUUACAAAAUCAGACUGGCUGUUUCCUUUCUGCUUUUUCUUAAGGAAUCUCUCCUAUGAAUAGUUUUGGGGUGUGUGGGAGGGGGGGCACUAUACAUUUCAUGUUAAUUUCUUUAGGUUCCUAUCAAAACCUGCUAUCUUUCUGUCUGAGCAGCUCAGCUUUUAAUGCUGUAAAUCUGAAAUCACUUUAGUAGGGUACAAUACAAGAAACGCUGUUUUUAUACAUCUGUUGCUUCCCUAAUGCAGCCUUAGUGCACAAGAAUAAAGGCUUUGCAUCUUCAUUACACUGCAAUAGUGAUAAGAACUGGUCCAGAUUUGCAAAGUUUAGUAAUUCAGUAGCCCCUAAGACACUUUCCAUUCAAGUGGCUCAACUCCAUUUAAUGCAAUCAAGGACUGAGUGGUAUUUUCCUAAAUCAGGCUCAAGUACAUAUCAAACUUGAUUAUUUUGGCAUGGGAAAGUCUUGGAAUUCAUAUCUGAGGUACAUGAAAUCACUACUGAAGCCCUGCAUGCAUUGCCACCAUUCCACAUCAUCUGUGGGAUCACAUUUACGCAAAGAGGUUUGGAGGUGAAAAGAAAAAACAAUAUGUAUGGGCCCACACACCCCUCACACAGAGACAUCAGGCUGUGCAGAAGAUUAAAAAGCCAUCCACAAGUGUUUAUACAAGCACUAAGCAAUGUGGUCAAAAUUGACUUCUUUCUGUAAUCAUUGAGAUGAGAUGUGAGAUGUGUAUCUGCAAGUGACACAUUACUGAAGUCAUCAGUCAUGAAUCACAGAAGGGAUGGUUCUGCUUAGGCUGUCACCCUUGGGAAGGUUCUGCAGGCAAGUGAUCAGCUGCUUGACUGACUUACAAAAUCUGAAGGCCAAUAGGUUUGCUGCGUGAUCCUGGAGUCUUCACCAGCAGCAAGCAUUUCAAGCCUUCGGCAGGCGGCAGUGUGGAGCUGUGGUUACAUGUCUAGACUCAUAACUAGGAGGUUGUGGGUUCAAAAAGUAAGGUUGAGGUACAGCUCCUAUGCCCUUGAUAAACACCUUAUGUUUAUUUUAAUAAAGCGAUUUCCCCAGAUGUAUUAAUGGGUACAAAUGUACUGUAAGUUACUUUGAAUAAUGACACCAGCUAACUUGCCAAUAAAGUCUGCAGAACUAAAAAGACCAUUGAGCAAAGAAUAGGGAAAAGCAAGCUAUUGAAUGUGCUAUGAUGUGUAUUUAUUACCAAGGCAAUUACCACUGCUGUGCAGGACACAGACAAAACCUCACUCAAAAGGUUGAGGUCAUCAGUGGCUUAUAUUGUUAAAUUAUGAAGGACAUGGUCCUGUCUUCGACAUAUAAUAAAAAAGCUUAAUGAAUGUUACCUUUGUCGUGUCCCGCAAGCCCAUAUGACUUAAUUUCAUAUUGCAGAUGAAUUGCUUAAAAUAUCUUAACUUAAGACCUUUUGUAACAAUUGGUUUUCUAUAUCAAAACAAGAUGCUACUUGGCUUUAGUUUGUAGGACUAUGAUCUAAAGGGGUUUGUGGAGGCCAGUCUUAUCUUCCCAAACAACGCAAUAAAGUAAAAGCAUUUGCAAAUGAGCCUUAAACAUGACAAACCCAGUGGCAUCCUGAAGUGGCAACUUCUUGUUAACUUUUCACUUCUUGCAACAGUCCUAUCUCUAUUUAGCAGUGUACAUGUAUAUUAUGCCUGUGUACAUUGAGUCAUAAAUAACUGCUUUUAGACAUGCUUGGUUUUAUUCCCUUUAAGUUUAUACUGAUCAUAGCUGAAAGCUGAGAAAUUUCACCCUUCAUUCACUUAAUCGUUUCUGUAGUGAGCAUGUGUAUUUUAAUAGCUUUGUGAAGUUUUUUUUCUAUUUAAUUUAGGGUCUGCUGCUGCAGGACAUUUACACAGUAAGUUGCUGUGCUUACUUAUCUUCAUGGAUUAGUUACAUACUGUAUAAAGGUACAGUAAAUCUAACCGUAACAUAGUACUGUAGUCUUAUUCACUUAUUCAGAAAACAGAAGUAAGGGUCAGUUUACCCUUGUCUGGCAACACAAAGAUUUAAAUGCUUCAUAGCAUUUGAUUUAGUGUUUGUUUGGUAGUAAAGCCACAGAGCAAAUUGUAAUUAUCCCAGUUCUAUGAUAUGAUAUCUAUGUUCUUCUAUAUGUAAGGUCAAAAGGUCACAACAGACUCUGGAGUAUUUCACAUAAUUCUCUUUAAUUCCUCUCACACGUGACUCCUAGUCACAAAUCUAUUAUUCCCUCAACUAGAUUCAAUCCUUACCAAAAUAAGGCACUGCAAACUUUGCCUUUUCCAUGUGAUAACCCUCCUCAGUGAUUGAAAUUACUCUAUCAUCUCCGGCAUGGUUUGGACCACAAACAUGUUUCACGUACCAUUGAAUCUGCACCAGCAUUUAAUGUGAUAUUUUUUAUUGUGCUUUCAUUGUCUAAUAAAUCUAUGUUUUAUGUCA